AUGAUCUUAGGUACGGUCGAGGGCGUGCCACCCUACAGGAUGCCGCCGGCGCCUGAGGCGGCCCUGCCCGGCGCACCUGCCCCUCCCACGGCUGCGUUGCACACACACUCUGCCAAAUUCCCGAUAGAACGCGAAGUGAUCCUCUCGUCCGGGGAUAAGAAUUCCAAGGUGCCGAUACUCCAGGAGGCUAGGAAGCGGGGGAGACUUGGCGCUGUGGCACCCGAUACUCCCCCGAAAACCUUAUCUGCUUGGACGCAUGCUGAGAACCAGCAAGCUGGCACAUCAGGCGACUUCCGACAGUAUCACGAUCAAAACUACGGCUACACGAUGCACCAAAAUCAAAACCAAGGUGCUGUAACCAGGAACAUUCAAAAUUAUGACUCGCCCAAACCGCCCAUACCAGCCAAAAAUUAUGGCGCCAAAGCUGAUGUGCAAAACAAUUCACAUCAUAUAACAGUGACCGUUGAAACUGGCAAAGAUAAUACAAGAGAUGCUCCUAAAAGUACUAAAUCUGUAAGUAAAACCUAUCAUACACUGAAAGAUAUGAUAUCUAGUAGAUUUAAAAGCAAAGAUAGUAAUGAUAACGAAAAGACUGAAGAACCUAGCUUAAAUAAUAUUGAAGAAAGAAAAAGGCCGGACCAAGAACAAGUGACGCCGAGGGAAACGCCUACAAGGAAAGUGGAACAAGGCAUUUACGGAAGGCCUAUGCCACAGGCCAGGCCAGAUAUGCAGUACUCGCAUGGUAUGGCCAAUAAUAUGGCUUUUCCUAGUCCGUCGCCACACAGACAAUUGAUGCAGCAGCAAAUACAUCAACAACAGAUGAUGCUAAGCCAACAAGCAAGAUCACAAGAGAUGCUGGCGUCUACACCCCAUUCACGUCCUCAAGCACUGGGUGCUGACGCCUUGUAUCAACAAUAUGGUCCUCCAGGUAGACGAAGUGCAGUUUAUCAGCGAGAUAUGGAUGUGAGAUCUAUGGCUAACUUCACUUCGCUCAAAACUGGACCACAAAAUCAGUUUGACAAUUCACAUUCAAGACCUGAUCUUAGAAGUCCGCAACAAUUAGAGAGAGAGGUUAUAAGACAAAGAGGUUUAGCAGAUGGAAGGCGAGCUGCUUCUCAUCCGCACCUACUAGAUGAGCCGCCACAGCGACCAGAAGUAAAUACUUCUCUAAUCCAUGAAAGGUCUAGAAGAAACUCACAUGGAAACCUUUUAGAAGGAUUACCUAUUGAAAGCCCACAAAGACUAAAUACUGAUGAAAGAGAAUCAGAUGAUGGAGGAUUUAGGUUACGCUUAGCAGCCCAAGGAAGAUCAAGCUUUGAAGAACGAAUUCGGACAAGCGGACGAUCCAUAGAGUCAAAUAGACAAGAAAGAUUACAAGAUAAUAUUUACAGGCGGACACCUGAAAGCAAUAGAGAAGCCCGAAGAACGCCAGAUUCUGUUACAAAUAGACAUAAAGAAGAAACGACAAAUAUUCAGGGCCAAGAUAGAAACGAUGAAAGUGCAAGUCAAAAGUCUGCAGACAGUGUUUACAAUUCCAGUGGAAAACCUGAAAAUUAUCACCCACAGCCAUCUUCUUCCAGACAAACACCAAAUCGAAUAGAAGAUUUGAAAGCUCACGGAAAGAAGACAGCAAAUGGCUCUGGAGCUGGUUCUGAUUGCGACAAGAACGGAGGCCAGUCAUCAAACGUAGACUCUGGUAGGGGCAGUGUAGCCUAUUCAAGUGGCCGAAGACCAGAAGCUAGCCCUCAUGAUACAUCAGCAGACUCAGAUGCUGUGGCUCAUUCGCGAAGUCAACCACAACCUGGCACGAGUCAGCAGCCACCAGGGCCAAGUGCAGAAAAUGAAUGGGCAGAUCUUGUGGAAUGCGAAUUACGUCAGAUUCUGGAGCCAAAGUUGUCUGCACUUCGCUUGGAUUCUUCAAUCAGUUCUGACGGUUCUGUGACACCUCCUUUGCCGCCCCUCUCUCCUUCGUCUGAUCUACACAAACGAAAUAGCCUACCAGGCAGGUCAUCAGAGUAUCCUGAAGAGAGAAGACGGAGUCGUGAGUCUCCGCGAUGGCAUUCACACAAGAAGCAUUCGUCCAAACGAGAGCAUCAUUACAAAAAACAUCUGUUUGGCCUGGACACGACGGAUGUGACGUCGACGACAACGCGCAGCUUGGAUCUGUCAUCGCUGCUGGGCGCGCGCUCCGACAGCGACGCUUCCGGCGGAGACGCGAGAGCAAUCCGCCGGCAGCUGCGCGGCCUCGAGAACAUGUAUGCGGAGGUGCUGCAGCUGCUAGGCGUGCGGCGCCCCGCUCCCGCGCACCCUCACCCGCACACUCCCGCCUGGGAUGCACGACUUUCGUCCAAACGACGUUACGGCAGUAUGUCUUCGUUACCAUCCAGCUCGGUCAGCAGUAGACCGAUUAGGGAUAAGAGACGCAGCUCAAACGAACACAGAAAAAAGCAUGACCUAAAAGGCAUCAACAAAAGGUUCCAACGACUGGAAUCGCAUGUUGUAACUUUGGCUCGUUCAGUAGCACAUCUCUCCAGCGAGAUGAGAACACAGCAUCUGGUGAUGCAGGAGAUGGACAACAUACGCGCAGAGAUCGCUGCUUUACGGCAUAUGUACAAAUCACAGCAGUACAUCCGGUCCGGACAUCAAAGACAUCUCGAUCCAUAUUCCUUUAGCAAUCCAGACAGAGUCAAACGCCUUACCAAGUUCUUCGGAGAUGAACCUCCCCUCAUGAGACUCUUCCUCAAGAAGCUGGGAUACGAGAAAUACGCGGCUUUGCUAGAAAAGGAAAAAGUUGGAGCAGCGGAACUGCCGUACGUGGGAGAAGACAAAUUACGAGCACUUGGCGUACCGCUGGGUCCGAGAAUGAGGAUAUUGAAAGAAGCUGGCAUCCAUCAAGAUCUGCACCAUGUAUCGAGAGAUGAUCAUAAUACCACAACCACGUUAGCCAUUGUUUAG